GAAUAGUGAACUUAUCUCCUUCUCGUGUUUACUUUCAGUUCUUGCUGUCUUCCACACAGUGUGGUUACUGUGCAUGACUCAGUCGGCCAUAAACAGGUCUUUCCUCCAAGAGAUGGCUGAGAAUAAAUCCCUGACGGCGUCCACCGACGCUCCUCCCGCUCUGAUGGAAGGCGAGACUUUCCACGUCUUCAUCAGCUACAGCAGCACAGACCAGCAGUGGACGCACUCCCUCAUAGACCAGCUGGAGGCCCGCGGCUUGCAAGUCUGCUACCACGAGCGCGACUUCACACCGGGCCGCACCGUGCUGGAGAACAUGUCCGAGUGCAUCCAGGAGAGCCAGAAGGUCCUGCUGGUGCUCAGCUCGGAGUUCGUGCGGAGCCGCUGGUGCCUCCUGGAGGCCAACAUGUCUCUGUUCCGAGACUGUCUGGAGAGGAAGCCCAUCGUCCCCGUGCUGCUGGAGCCGGGAGUGUGCGUCCCGCUUCACCUGUGCCACCUCACCUACCUGGAGGCCGUCGACACCGAGUUCCUGGCCAAGCUGCUCAAGGUGCUCUUCACCAACAACCGGCAGCUUCUAGGCGCCACGGUGGUUCCCUAUCAGCCUCCGUCCAUCUACAACGGCAAGGCCCUGCAGCCUUUGACCGCUGCUAACGUGGAAAAUCUUCAUAAGUGGGAUUCGGGUACGUUCAGUGACAUGGUUGUGCCGGACCAACUGCUGCUGAUUAUCGAGGACAAGGACAACUACCGGAAGGCCAUCGCCAUCAUCAACACUGUUUCUAAAAAUGAAGUGUGGCUGCAGCCUCUCUGGAUGAGAGUUGUGGUCUACAUAAGUGGUUUGAUCAUGUUGAUCUUACUAGUUGGGCUAUUUACUUACUCGAUAGCAAUAAUGACUAUAAUUCUUCCUGUAGAAAUUAACUAUACCCCUGUUGGAGCGUGGGUAGUAACCAUUGUGAGUUUCUUCUCCGUUCCAAUCGGGUUGCUUGUUCAGCUUUCGCUCUGGAAGAUGGACGACGAGAAGCACGUGGUGGGGGCGAUGCAGAAAGCCGCGGGGCGGGCCAAUGCCAUCCUCCGCGAGGAGAAGCUCCUCAUGGGCUGCCGCUCCAAUUCCAACUUAUAUCUGGUCUACGUUUGUCUGGACGGCUGCGAGGGCGAGUUCGAGGAGGCGUUCGAGUCGCAGGUGGACGCAAAGGAGGCCUUUGAAAAAGCCCUGUGCAAUUUCUCGUCGGGUUACGCCUGCUGCCUGGCCAAAAAACACUUCCCUUUCCCUCAGCCCGACUCCCGCCCGGGUCACCUGGUGGGCGGGGUGUGUUUUUGCCAGUACGUCUCCCUGCAGCUGAGCGGCGGGAAGUGGAAGUGAGAGCAUGGCGGAGUCCCGAGUACAGUAUCUGAGAAAAGUGAGUGCAUCCUUCACAUUUCAUCCAUUUUCUAUCGCUUGUCCUUUUUGGGGUGGUGGGGGGGCUGGAGCCUAACAGCAUUGACAAACGAGGGCCAGUUUAGUGUUGCCAAUCAACCAAUCAACCUAUCCCCAGGUGCAUGUCUUUGGAGGUGGGAGGAAGCCGGAGUACCCGGAAGGAACCCACGCAGUCAUGGGGAGAACAUGCAAACCCCACAUAGAGCAGGGGUCCCCAAACUUUUUGACUCGGGGGCAUUGGGUUCAAAAAAUUUGGCCGGGGGCCGGGCUGUGUAUGUAUAUAUAUAGAUAUAUAAAUAUAUAUACAUAUAUAUAUAUAUAUAUAUAUAUAUAUAUAUAUAUAUUCCGAGCGUGAUGAUGUCACGUUAUCGAUGGGAAAAUGCAUUUUUAGACAAUAAGAUUUG